AUUGCUUCUACGCCCCAUUCGAAUUUGACGGCAUCACAUUUUCCUGGUGGAACGACAAAGACGGAAACGACAAAUUCUUCUGGGCCGGCGCCAACACGGACGUCCACACCUGCCAGUGCGGCAUCGACGGAAAUUGCGUCGAAUCUUUCACCAAGUGCAACUGCGACUCCGCUGCUCCGGUGCAAUUAGCCGAUAGCGGAGUCAUUAAUGACAAGGAGAUCCUGCCCGUCACCCGUUUGAAUUUCGGCCGAACUGGGCAAGAGUAUUCUUCUGGUGUUCACACACUGGGCCGAUUCGAAUGCACCGGACAAGUGGCCGUCACUGGAAUGCCGACGUCGUGCGAAGAUCUUUGGAGGAUCGGCCACACCCUGAGUGGAUUUUAUUCCGUUAAAGGAGCAAAAAUGGUCGAAAGCGUUUACUGCGAUUUUUCAAAACUACCAAACGAAGCAGGUUUCCAGAAAUGGAUAGGAUACGAUGACGUCAAGUCGGCGCCGGUCUACUUCUACGUCCAGCGGAAUUCUGCCUUCAACACGGCAAAUGUCCCAAUCCCUUUCCAGGUUUCCCGACUCAACAUCGGCAACGCCAUGGAUUUGUCGACAGGGAAAUUCACGGCACCUGUCCCGGGAACGUAUUUCUUCUCUUUUACUGGACACGCCCAAUUUCCCACGUCGUCAUCUAUACUUAGUUUAGAAGUAGGUCUCUAUCUGAACGGGAAUUUCAUCGGGUGUGGGUUUGUGGAAGAGUACAACACUUUAUACGCACAAGAAAGUCCGUUGACUCUGCAAUCGACGCUCAGUUUACAAAAGGGAGAUCAAAUUUGGUUGCAGAUCAAAUUAAUAUCAACGGGCGUGAGUCUCUUCGAUAAUUAUGCCAUAUUUCAAGGGACCCAUUUUACGGGAUAAAUUUUGGAAGAAGAACUUAUUUUUUAAACAUGGUGUGAGAUGGGAAAUCAAUUGAUUUUUAUCAUCUGGAAAAUAAAAAUAAAAAAUUUGUAACUCGCAAA